AUGUCUGCUAUGGAAGCGAUGGUGAAGGCAUGCCUUCUGUUGUCCUUGAUGCUGCCUGCAGCUGCGCAGCGUUUCGCUUCCUUCGAUGCAGCUACAGCCUCGAGCGUCUAUUCUUCUAAGACAUUCGGGGCCGAGCUUGCAACCACGGAGUCUUCGGGGUAUUGGUGCAGCGCGGGGAACCACGAGCCGGGCCAGACCGUGUCCUGGACUGGCACUUUCAGAUCACGGAGACAGCUGCUUGGCCUGACUUUGCGAUGGAGCUAUGCUCCAGGAGAGAUCAAGGUGCUGACUAGCGCAGACGGUGGCAACUUUCAGGAGAGUGUCGGCUGGAGCAAGCUCUCGAGAUCGGAGCCCAGCUUCGAGGACACUGUCUUGUUCCCGGAGCCAGUGGCUGCGAAAGCUGUCAAAGUGUUAAUGCGCGGCGCAAAGCCUUGGGGAUACUUCGGGCUGUCCAAUGCAGUUGCGAUGUCGGGGCCAUCCGCUUACAUGCUCGUGAGCGGUGCUCCAGCAGCCCAAGAGCAAUGCCUUGUCGCAGCUGGCGGUGGUGUGGAAGCAAAGCCCUGCGUCGAUGCCGUUGUGGCUGGCACAGGUGCUGAGGUGUUCUCCAGCAGUGCGGAAGGGCAGCUACAGGUGUUGGGCGGAAGUUGCUUGGGAGUUGUGGCCGGCAAGGUGUCUUUGGUCGAAUGCCAAGAAGGGCAAGCAAGUUGGAUAGUCAGCCAGGACGGGCAAGUCAAGCAAGGCAACACCUGCUUGGUGGUGGCUGGAUCGAAGGUUGCAGCCGCUGACUGCGAUGAUGCCUCCAGCACUGGUGGCGACAAAUUCUUCCAGGUGACAGUUCCAGAGCAUGACCCUGCGGCUGUGCUUGCGGUGCAGGAGGUGGGAACGCUGUUGCGUGCUAGCGUGGAAAGGCAGCGAAGUUUGGUGGAGUCCCUGCAGCAUCUCGUUCCAAGGCUUGGGUCUUGCAGGCCUGUGAGCCUGGUCACAAGCAAGACUUGGCCAGCCUUCGUGCAGUUCGGCAGAGUCGGGUCAUCUGCUGGGCGUGCAGCGCUCGACGAGUCACUGCCGGUCAAGGUCGCUGACACGUUUGGUCCUGGCAGGGCAGUGCUAGCGUCAGUGCUUGCGGCGUCCUCGGACAUUCUCAAGCUUUGUGGAGCACAAGUAGAGACGAGUCGACUGGUCUUGCGCGGGAGCCACCUCACAACAGCUGCAGAGAUGGACUUGGCUCGUUUGUUUGCUUGUUUGCUUCCUACUCUGCUCCUGAUGUUCAGUGCUGCAGCGGCGGUUGCAGUGCCGGAGAUGGAUUAUGCGUCGCUGCGCGCAGAUGUCGUGAAAGCCUACGCUCAGCAGGCAGCCGAGAUGACUCAGUCACUGAGCGUCUUGCAAGCACUCAGCACAGACACAGCUGCGGUGCUAACUCGCUUGGAGAUUGUGCAGCAAGUGUGCAUGUUGUGUGUGGUGAGUGCUGUGGCUGCUAUGGAAGCAAUGGUGAAGGCUUGCCUUCUGUUGUCCUUGAUGCUGCCUGCAGCUGCGCAGCGUUUCGCUUCCUUCGAUGCAGCUACAGCCUCGAGCGUCUACUCUUCUAAGACAUUCGGGGCCGAGCUUGCAACCACGGAGUCUUCGGGGUAUUGGUGCAGCGCGGGGAACCACGAGCCGGGCCAGACCGUGUCCUGGACUGGCACUUUCAGAUCACGGAGACAGCUACUUGGCCUGACUUUGCGAUGGAGCUAUGCUCCAGGAGAGAUCAAGGUACUCACUAGCGCAGACGGUGGCAACUUUCAGGAGAGUGUCGGCUGGAGCAAGCUAUCGAGAUCGGAGCCCAGCUUCGAGGACACUGUCUUGUUCCCGGAGCCAGUGGCUGCGAAAGCUGUCAAAGUGUUAAUGCGCGGCGCAAAGCCUUGGGGAUACUUCGGGCUGUCCAAUGCAGUUGCGAUGUCGGGGCCAUCCGCUUACAUGCUCGUGAGCGGUGCUCCAGCAGCCCAAGAGCAAUGCCUUGUCGCAGCUGGCGGUGGUGUGGAAGCAAAGCCCUGCGUCGAUGCCGUUGUGGCUGGCACAGGUGCUGAGGUGUUCUCCAGCAGUGCGGAAGGGCAGCUACAGGUGUUGGGCGGAAGUUGCUUGGGAGUUGUGGCCGGCAAGGUGUCUUUGGUCGAAUGCCGAGAAGGGCAAGGAAGUUGGCUAGUCAGCCAGGACGGGCAAGUCAAGCAAGGCAACACCUGCUUGGUGGUGGCUGGAUCGAAGGUUGCAGCCGCUGACUGCGAUGAUGCCUCCAGCACGGGUGGCGACAAAUUCUUCCAGGUGACAGUUCCAGAGCAUGACCCUGCGGCUGUGCUUGCGGUGCAGGAGGUGGGAACGCUGUUGCGCGCUAGCGUGGAAAGGCAGCGAAGUUUGGUGGAGUCCCUGCAGCAUCUCGCCCCAAGGCUUGGGUCUUGCAGGCCUGUGAGCCUGGUCACAAGCAAGACUUGGCCAGCCUUCGUGCAGUUCGGCAGAGUCGGGUCAUCUGCUGGGCGUGCAGCGCUCGACGAGUCACUGCCGGUCAAGGUCGCUGACACGUUUGGUCCUGGCGGGGCAGCGCUAGCGUCAGUGCUUGCUGCGUCCUCGGACACCCUCAAGCUUUGUGGAGCACAAGUAGAGACGAGUCGACUGGUCUUGCGCGGGAGCCACUUCACAGCAGCUGCAGAGAUGGACUUGGCUCGUUUGUUUGCUUGUUUGCUUCCUACUCUGCUCCUGAUGUUCAGUGCUGCAGCGGCGGUUGCAGUGCCGGAGAUGGAUUAUGCGUCGCUGCGCGCAGAUGUCGUGAAAGCCUACGCUCAGCAGGCAGCCGAGAUGACUCAGUCACUGAGCGUCUUGCAAGCACUCAGCACAGACACAGCUGCGGUGCUAACUCGCUUGGAGAGAGUUUGUGCGCCGCAAGACAGCGGCGUGCAGUUUUCAGGUGCUAUGGCUGCUAUGGAAGCAAUGGUGAAGGCUUGCCUUCUGUUGUCCUUGAUGCUGCCUGCAGCUGCGCAGCGUUUCGCUUCCUUCGAUGCAGCUACAGCCUCGAGCGUCUACUCUUCUAAGACAUUCGGGGCCGAGCUUGCAACCACGGAGUCUUCGGGGUAUUGGUGCAGCGCGGGGAACCACGAGCCGGGCCAGACCGUGUCCUGGACUGGCACUUUCAGAUCACGGAGACAGCUACUUGGCCUGACUUUGCGAUGGAGCUAUGCUCCAGGAGAGAUCAAGGUACUCACUAGCGCAGACGGUGGCAACUUUCAGGAGAGUGUCGGCUGGAGCAAGCUAUCGAGAUCGGAGCCCAGCUUCGAGGACACUGUCUUGUUCCCGGAGCCAGUGGCUGCGAAAGCUGUCAAAGUGUUAAUGCGCGGCGCAAAGCCUUGGGGAUACUUCGGGCUGUCCAAUGCAGUUGCGAUGUCGGGGCCAUCCGCUUACAUGCUCGUGAGCGGUGCUCCAGCAGCCCAAGAGCAAUGCCUUGUCGCAGCUGGCGGUGGUGUGGAAGCAAAGCCCUGCGUCGAUGCCGUUGUGGCUGGCACAGGUGCUGAGGUGUUCUCCAGCAGUGCGGAAGGGCAGCUACAGGUGUUGGGCGGAAGUUGCUUGGGAGUUGUGGCCGGCAAAGUGUCUUUGGUCGAAUGCCGAGAAGGGCAAGGAAGUUGGCUAGUCAGCCAGGACGGGCAAGUCAAGCAAGGCAACACCUGCUUGGUGGUGGCUGGAUCGAAGGUUGCAGCCGCUGACUGCGAUGAUGCCUCCAGCACUGGUGGCGACAAAUUCUUCCAGGUGACAGUUCCAGAGCAUGACCCUGCGGCUGUGCUUGCGGUGCAGGAGGUGGGAACGCUGUUGCGUGCUAGCGUGGAAAGGCAGCGAAGUUUGGUGGAGUCCUUGCAGCAUCUCGCUCCAAGGCUUGGGUCUUGCAGGCCUGUGAGCCUGGUCACAAGCAAGACUUGGCCAGCCUUCGUGCAGUUCGGCAGAGUCGGGUCAUCUGCUGGGCGUGCAGCGCUCGACGAGUCACUGCCGGUCAAGGUCGCUGACACGUUUGGUCCUGGCAGGGCAGCGCUAGCGUCAGUGCUUGCUGCGUCCUCGGACACCCUCAAGCUUGCAGCGGCUGGCAAUUGCGUGGUUGAUGUUGCUGGGGGAAAUUUUCGCGGGUUUUCGUUGUGCUCCUUCGGGUUUCAAGUGUUUGAUGCUACGGCUUCUGGACACACCUUCUACGACUCCCUCCGGGUCUUCGACUUCGGCAACUCCGUGGCGCUUGGGCUGCUGCUGGCUUUGGCUGAUGGCGGCCUCCGGCGAACUGAGUUGCUGCCUCGACUUCUGAUGAGCCCCUGUCGACUGGUCUUGCGCGGGAGCCACUUCACAGCAGCUGCAGAGAUGGACUUGGCUCGUUUGUUUGCUUGUUUGCUUCCUACUCUGCUCCUGAUGUUCAGUGCUGCAGCGGCGGUUGCAGUGCCGGAGAUGGAUUAUGCGUCGCUGCGCGCAGAUGUCGUGAAAGCCUACGCUCAGCAGGCAGCCGAGAUGACUCAGUCACUGAGCGUCUUGCAAGCACUCAGCACAGACACAGCUGCGGUGCUAACUCGCUUGGAGAGAGUUUGUGCGCCGCAAGACAGCGGCGUGCAGUUUUCAGGUGCUAUGGCUGCUAUGGAAGCAAUGGUGAAGGCUUGCCUUCUGUUGUCCUUGAUGCUGCCUGCAGCUGCGCAGCGUUUCGCUUCCUUCGAUGCAGCUACAGCCUCGAGCGUCUACUCUUCUAAGACAUUCGGGGCCGAGCUUGCAACCACGGAGUCUUCGGGGUAUUGGUGCAGCGCGGGGAACCACGAGCCGGGCCAGACCGUGUCCUGGACUGGCACUUUCAGAUCACGGAGACAGCUACUUGGCCUGACUUUGCGAUGGAGCUAUGCUCCAGGAGAGAUCAAGGUACUCACUAGCGCAGACGGUGGCAACUUUCAGGAGAGUGUCGGCUGGAGCAAGCUAUCGAGAGCGGAGCCCAGCUUCGAGGACACUGUCUUGUUCCCGGAGCCAGUGAUUGCGAAAGCUGUCAAAGUGUUAAUGCGCGGCGCGAAGCCUUGGGGAUACUUCGGGCUGUCCAAUGCAGUUGCGUUGUCGGGGCCAUCCGCUUACAUGCUCGUGAGCGGUGCUCCAGCAGCCCAAGAGCAAUGCCUUGUCGCAGCUGGCGGUGGUGUGGAAGCAAAGCCCUGCAUCGAUGCCAUUGUGGCUGGCACAGGUGCUGAGGUGUUCUCCAGCAGUGCGGAAGGGCAGCUACAGGUGUUGGGCGGAAGUUGCUUGGGAGUUGUGGCCGGCAAAGUGUCUUUGGUCGAAUGCCGAGAAGGGCAAGGAAGUUGGCUAGUCAGCCAGGACGGGCAAGUCAAGCAAGGCAACACCUGCUUGGUGGUGGCUGGAUCGAAGGUUGCAGCCGCUGACUGCGAUGAUGCCUCCAGCACUGGUGGCGACAAAUUCUUCCAGGUGACAGUUCCAGAGCAUGACCCUGCGGCUGUGCUUGCGGUGCAGGAGGUGGGAACGCUGUUGCGUGCUAGCGUGGAAAGGCAGCGAAGUUUGGUGGAGUCCUUGCAGCAUCUCGCUCCAAGGCUUGGGUCUUGCAGGCCUGUGAGCCUGGUCACAAGCAAGACUUGGCCAGCCUUCGUGCAGUUCGGCAGAGUCGGGUCAUCUGCUGGGCGUGCAGCGCUCGACGAGUCACUGCCGGUCAAGGUCGCUGACACGUUUGGUCCUGGCGGGGCAGCGCUAGCGUCAGUGCUUGCUGCGUCCUCGGACACCCUCAAGCUUUGUGGAGCACAAGUAGAGACGAGUCGACUGGUCUUGCGCGGGAGCCACUUCACAGCAGCUGCAGAGAUGGACUUGGCUCGUUUGUUUGCUUGUUUGCUUCCUACUCUGCUCCUGAUGUUCAGUGCUGCAGCGGCGGUUGCAGUGCCGGAGAUGGAUUAUGCGUCGCUGCGCGCAGAUGUCGUGAAAGCCUACGCUCAGCAGGCAGCCGAGAUGACUCAGUCACUGAGCGUCUUGCAAGCACUCAGCACAGACACAGCUGCGGUGCUAACUCGCUUGGAGAGAGUUUGUGCGCCGCAAGACAGCGGCGUGCAGUUUUCAGGUGCUAUGGCUGCUAUGGAAGCAAUGGUGAAGGCUUGCCUUCUGUUGUCCUUGAUGCUGCCUGCAGCUGCGCAGCGUUUCGCUUCCUUCGAUGCAGCUACAGCCUCGAGCGUCUACUCUUCUAAGACAUUCGGGGCCGAGCUUGCAACCACGGAAUCUUCGGGGUAUUGGUGCAGCGCGGGGAACCACGAGCCGGGCCAGACCGUGUCCUGGACUGGCACUUUCAGAUCACGGAGACAGCUGCUUGGCCUGACUUUGCGAUGGAGCUAUGCUCCAGGAGAGAUCAAGGUGCUCACUAGCGCAGACGGUGGCAACUUUCAGGAGAGUGUCGGCUGGAGCAAGCUCUCGAGAUCGGAGCCCAGCUUCGAGGACACUGUCUUGUUCCCGGAGCCAGUGAUUGCGAAAGCUGUCAAAGUGUUAAUGCGCGGCGCGAAGCCUUGGGGAUACUUCGGGCUGUCCAAUGCAGUUGCGUUGUCGGGGCCAUCCGCUUACAUGCUCGUGAGCGGUGCUCCAGCAGCCCAAGAGCAAUGCCUUGUCGCAGCUGGCGGUGGUGUGGAAGCAAAGCCCUGCAUCGAUGCCAUUGUGGCUGGCACAGGUGCUGAGGUGUUCUCCAGCAGUGCGGAAGGGCAGCUACAGGUGUUGGGCGGAAGUUGCUUGGGAGUUGUGGCCGGCAAAGUGUCUUUGGUCGAAUGCCGAGAAGGGCAAGGAAGUUGGCUAGUCAGCCAGGACGGGCAAGUCAAGCAAGGCAACACCUGCUUGGUGGUGGCUGGAUCGAAGGUUGCAGCCACUGACUGCGAUGAUGCCUCCAGCACUGGUGGCGACAAAUUCUUCCAGGUGACAGUUCCAGAGCAUGACCCUGCGGCUGUGCUUGCGGUGCAGGAGGUGGGAACGCUGUUGCGUGCUAGCGUGGAAAGGCAGCGAAGUUUGGUGGAGUCCUUGCAGCAUCUCGCUCCAAGGCUUGGGUCUUGCAGGCCUGUGAGCCUGGUCACAAGCAAGACUUGGCCAGCCUUCGUGCAGUUCGGCAGAGUCGGGUCAUCUGCUGGGCGUGCAGCGCUCGACGAGUCACUGCCGGUCAAGGUCGCUGACACGUUUGGUCCUGGCGGGGCAGCGCUAGCGUCAGUGCUUGCUGCGUCCUCGGCCACUCGAAGCAAGUGCCCGCGUGCAGAGCACCAGCUUCAGCUGCAAUGGGGUGGCAAUUGCAUGGUUGAUGUUGCUGGGGGAAAUUUUCGCGGGUCUUCGUGGUGCUCCUUCGGGUUGCAAGUGUUUGAUGCUACGGCUCCUGGACACACCUUCUACGACUCCCUCCGGGUCUUCGACUUCGGCAACCCCGUGGCGCUUGGGCUGCUGCUGGCUUUGGCUGAUGGCGGCCUCCGGCGAACUGAUCGACUGGUCUUGCGCGGGAGCCACUUCACAGCAGCUGCAGAGAUGGACUUGGCUCGUUUGUUUGCUUGUUUGCUUCCUACUCUGCUCCUGAUGUUCAGUGCUGCAGCGGCGGUUGCCGUGCCGGAGAUGGAUUAUGCGUCGCUGCGCGCAGAUGUCGUGAAAGCCUACGCUCAGCAGGCAGCCGAGAUGACUCAGUCACUGAGCGUCUUGCAAGCACUCAGCACAGACACAGCUGCGGUGCUAACUCGCUUGGAGAGAGUUUGUGCACCGCAAGACAGCGGCGUGCAGUUUUCAAGUGCUAUGUCUGCUAUGGAAGCGAUGGUGAAGGCAUGCCUUCUGUUGUCCUUGAUGCUGCCUGCAGCUGCGCAGCGUUUCGCUUCCUUCGAUGGAGCUACAGCCUCGAGCGUCUACUCUUCUAAGACAUUCGGGGCCGAGCUUGCAACCGCGGGGUCUUCGGGGUAUUGGUGCAGCGCGGGGAACCACGAGCCGGGCCAGACCGUGUCCUGGACUGGCACUUUCAGAUCACGGAGACAGCUGCUUGGCCUGACUUUGCGAUGGAGCUAUGCUCCAGGAGAGAUCAAGGUACUCACUAGCGCAGACGGUGGCAACUUUCAGGAGAGUGUCGGCUGGAGCAAGCUAUCGAGAUCGGAGCCCAGCUUCGAGGACACUGUCUUGUUCCCGGAGCCAGUGGCUGCGAAAGCUGUCAAAGUGUUAAUGCGCGGCGCAAAGCCUUGGGGAUACUUCGGGCUGUCCAAUGCAGUUGCGAUGUCGGGGCCAUCCGCUUACAUGCUCGUGAGCGGUGCUCCAGCAGCCCAAGAGCAAUGCCUUGUCGCAGCUGGCGGUGGUGUGGAAGCAAAGCCCUGCGUCGAUGCCAUUGUGGCUGGCGCAGGUGCUGAGGUGUUCUCCAGCAGUGCCGAAGGGCAGCUACAGGUGUUGGGCGGAAGUUGCUUGGGAGUUGUGGCCGGCAAAGUGUCUUUGGUCGAAUGCCAAGAAGGGCAAGCAAGUUGGAUAGUCAGCCAGGACGGGCAAGUCAAGCAAGGCAACACCUGCUUGGUGGUGGCUGGAUCGAAGGUUGCAGCCGCUGACUGCGAUGAUGCCUCCAGCACUGGUGGCGACAAAUUCUUCCAGGUGACAGUUCCAGAGCAUGACCCUGCGGCUGUGCUUGCGGUGCAGGAGGUGGGAACGCUGUUGCGUGCUAGCGUGGAAAGGCAGCGAAGUUUGGUGGAGUCCUUGCAGCAUCUCGCUCCAAGGCUUGGGUCUUGCAGGCCUGUGAGCCUGGUCACAAGCAAGACUUGGCCAGCUUUCGUGCAGUUCGGCAGAGUCGGGUCAUCUGCUGGGCGUGCAGCGCUCGACGAGUCACUGCCGGUCAAGGUCGCUGACACGUUUGGUCCUGGCAGGGCAGCGCUAGCGUCAGUGCUUGCGGCGUCCUCGGCCACUCGAAGCAAGUGCCCGCGUGCAGAGCACCAGCUUCAGCUGCAAUGUGCCCCAGGAGGCUGUGGCAAGGUUCUCGUUUCUCAGUUGCAGCUCUUGAACGUCUGCAGAGUCUGCAGCCCUUCUCAUUUCCAGGUCAACUGCUGCUGGAGUGUUCCGAUCGUCAGUGUUGCGUGCUCACCGCUGCACCUGCUGUGCAUAGCAGGAAACGGCGAGGAGGACCAAACGUCCUACGACUUGGCUACACGUGCUGCUCUCGAUGCGGCGCGGUCUACUGGGUGGACUGGCAGGAUCGUCUUCGUCGUCGACUGUCAGGCCGUGCUGCGAGUCGUGCUGAGGCAGGGUGACCACUUCUCGUACUUGUUGCACAUCGUCAACCAGGUUCGACGAGCUCUCGGGUCCCUUGAGGCCCUCGGCGUGCAAUUGACCCAUGCCUGGGUGCCCUCGCACGGGAAGCGACCGAGCUGGGAAGUCAUGGUCGUGCUGCUUGGUGGCGACUUCGUGAAGAGGCUGCUGCCUGGGAACUCAAUGCAAUCCAGGCUUCGGCCACUGCCGGCAAACACCUUCAUGAUGCUCUUCGACGACAUGGUCUCCGGCCUAGCGAGGCUCCGCCUCCGCCGGCUGCUGCUGAUGGAGAUGAUGGCGGGUGAUGCUGGGCUGCUCGCGGGGUGGCCUGCCAGGGACAGGAAGUGGGAUCCGUGA